CGAUCUUAUAGGACUGUGGGGAAAGGUUGCUCUGGGUAAGGUUUCAAAAGUCCAAAUGUGUUGCAUUCCAACUUCAUUUGGUUUUUUGAGGUGUUUGCCAAUACUACUGUAGAGCAAACCAACAUUAUUGUCAUGGAGAAGCUUAACGAUGACCUGGAAAGGCACAAGGGCUAUGUAUUUUCAAAAGAAUUUUCCAGCGCUGAGUACAUUGAUACUCUGCAGACAUUUGAGAUCCGGGACAGUGAUAUCUUUUUAGUUACUUACCCGAAGUCAGGAACCAUCUGGGCACAGCAGAUCAUCACCUCCAUCUGUGAAAAAGACAUGGUUGAUGUCUACCACAACAAUUUUGAGAAGAUGCCAUGGCUGGAGAAUAACCGCUUAAAAGCAGACUACUCCUCGCGCCCCGACCCGCGGCUGUUUGCCACCCACCUCACCCCUGACCUCAUGCCCCCAGGCCUGAAAACCAGGAAGGCAAAGAUCAUCUACGUGAGGCGCAACCCGAAGGACAACGUGGUCUCCUACUAUCAUUGGUAUCUUAACUGGGCUGCGUUUAAGAACCCAAAGAACUUGCAGGAAUUCCUGGAUUGGUGGUUAGCAGGAAAUGUUGGUAGUGCGUCCUGGUUCAACCACAUCAAAGAAUGGCAUCGCAAGAGAGACCAGUACAACAUCUUGUUCCUGACCUACGAGGACAUGAUCCUGGAUCUGAAAACAGCCGUGACAAAGAUCUGCCACUUCCUGGAGAGGGACCUGAGUGAAGCAGAAAUCGACAAGAUAGUGGAAAAAUCGACAUUUAAGAACAUGAAACAUGACCCCAAGGCGAACUAUGAGUUCAUACCGGAGGACAAGCUCAAGAAGGGCCAGUUUCUACGCAAGGGUAAAGUUGGGGACUGGAAGAACAUGUUCACUGUGGCCCAGAGUGAGAGUUUUGACCAGAUCUUUGAGGAGCAGAUGAAGGAUGUACCUCUAAAGUUCAUCUGGGACAUAGAUCAGCCAUUGUACUGAUUGGAGCCACAGCAAACUUUAGCUUUAGUUGUCUUUCACACAUUCACUAGUUCUAGCAGUGGAGCGAUGAUUGCCACGGCAACACAAGACUGCUGCCAUAAGGCCAGAUGAUACAGCCACCAAUCAAAUGCAGACCUUAUAAACAUAUGUAAAUUAUCUCUUGAUAAAUGAGAAAACCUUUUGUUGAUUGUAGGUAGAUAUAAUGGUUUAUAAAAUGCUAAGAAACUAAUACAAAACUGUUAUUAAAGUACGUAUUUUUACAGAGAGGUUCACUGAAAACCUGGUCCUGUACAAUUGAAUAUAAUGAAAUAAUGAAUAUUUUCACUGUACUGGGCCUUUAAUAAAAAAAAUCAACGCUGAA